AUGAAUGGCGAAGACGAAGCGAAGCGUCAGCGUUUCUACGUAGUGUACGUGCCGGCAGAUGCGGACAAAGGACUGGAAGAAUGGGCCGUUGAACUGCCCAGUGAUAAGGAGGCGCAACUGGGCUGUCUGACCGAUAGAUUGCGAGCGCACUUCAAGGGCAACGCCACAUCUGAGUCCACGCAGCAGCGAGAACAAGAGACGUUCAAACAGCAACUCGUGGCUCAAAUGCCGGAGGGUGCUACGCUCACGGAUGAGAUGUUCCAGAUGGUGCUGCAAAUGGACAGUCUUGUGGACUCGAUUCCACUCGUCCUCAACACGCCGAGCGUCAAGCACGUGGGCGUCAACAUGUACGUGGACGACAAGGGCACCGCCAAAGGACUGGCUACGAACGUCCGUGCAUCAGCCAUUGCGCAAGCGUGUGGAAAGAUGCUGGAAGUCAAGGGUGAUGCAUUCAUUGGACGUGUGUUUGAUAACGAUGAUGAUUUCGUCAGGAUGGACUUCCGACUGAGUGAGGUUUCCGGUGAUGCCCCGUGGGUGCAGACGGCAAAGUCGCAGGCUACGGCGGCAGCAAACGGGCAUGGAGGAGCAGCAGCAGGCGCUGCGCUUGCCCGCGCCAAGGCCCCAGGCAAGACGAUGCUGCCAGGCUCGAUCCAGCGUAUUUGCGGGGCCGACCAAUGCUCAAAGAACGGCUCACUACGUUGCUCGCGAUGCAAGGCGCAGUUCUACUGCAGUGCCGCGUGCCAAAAAGGAGACUGGAAGCUCCACAAAACCGGAUGCACGCGGUAA